AUGGGGAAACCACGAAUGAUCAUACUCGUUCGCCAUGCGCAGUCGGAAGGAAAUAAAAACAGAGAUAUCCACCAAACAACCCCAGAUCACCGGGUCAAACUCACACCCGAAGGACAUCGUCAGGCACAGGAAGCAGGGCGCCGCUUGCGUGAUCUCCUGAACCCCGAUGAUACCCUUCACUUCUUCACCUCUCCCUACCGUCGCACAAGAGAAACUACAGAGGGAAUGCUCGAGUCCUUGACCUCGGACUCGCCCUCCCCGUCUCCGUUCCCCCGACACACAAUCAAGGUCUACGAGGAGCCCCGGCUGCGAGAACAGGAUUUUGGGAACUUCCAGCCAUGCUCUACAGAAAUGGAACGCAUGUGGAUGGAGCGUGCAGACUAUGGUCAUUUCUUCUAUCGUAUUCCCAACGGCGAGUCCGCGGCAGAUGCAUAUGACCGAGUGAGUGGGUUCAACGAAUCGCUGUGGCGACUAUUUGGCGAUGAAGACACCGCCAGUGUUUGCGUCCUGGUCACCCACGGUCUCAUGACGCGGGUGUUCUUGAUGAAAUGGUACCAUUGGAGUGUUGAGUAUUUCGAGGACCUGCGCAAUAUCAACCAUUGCGAAUUUGUGAUCAUGACCCACAAUCAGGACAACGGCAAAUACACUCUGGAGAAUAAGUUGCGUACCUGGUCCGACCUGAAAAAGGAAAGGGAACAAGAGAGGGACCGCGAGCGCAAAAGCAAGGGUACUGACCCAGCUGCUGCUACUUCUCCUAUGGACAAUGUACCGAUUCGAAGAAAAUGGGGUGGCUGUCCGGAUGGAUGUACUCAUGGCGUGGCCUCUGGUGCGAAGCAAUCCUUACCGACGCAGCUGAUAGAGUCUAUCAAGCAUGAACACAACCGCAAUGAGAACUCCCAGGCGGAGCGCAACAAUAAAACCGACCAGCCAUCUUCAGGGUCUCUCAAAUCCCCUGCGAAGUACAACAAGAGCUUUGAUAACAGCUUCAGCUUCCCGAAGAGCAACGGGAUGUACCAGAAUAAUGACAAUAAUAACGAUAGUACUCACCAACCGGCUCAAGAGAACCAAUACUCGGCUGCAGAAAGCGAGAACACCGAUAACAUUAACACUCUGCGUGACACCAGCUCCGCAACCAAGGUCAAUAGUUCUCGCCCUAGCAGACCGAAUCUCCAUAGGCUGCAGCGUGACAGCGAAGACCACCUUCUUCAUCCACCCGCUACAUCCUCAUCAACAGCCUGUCUCAAACUAGCACUUCUCCACCUCGGCGGCCGAGACGGAGGCGGCUCCAUGAGUGGCGCCAACAGUCUCGCGCCAUCAGACGACGAGUGCUCCGACACCGAACACCACAUUCCCCGAGGAGCGAUUCACAGAUCAGUACAUUCUCAUACCACUUCCCAAUCUCACCCGCCACGGUCAGCCAUGAAUCCAUCACAGGACCUUUCAGAAGACGGGGAUGACGAACUCAGCACCCACCCCACCGAGGAUUCAAGAAAGUCGCGUCCACAUGUACACCACCAUCACCAUCACCACCGACAUACCUCGUCCACGCCCUCUCUACCACAGCAUCGCAUGGCGAAUAUUCUUGGCGACGGCGACGACAUGUCCACGCACUCACGAUCGGAACCAUCGCCGGGUCGCGACUCCCAGCAGAGUGAGUGCGAAAAGCAUGAAGAGAGCCAAAAUGAACAGCUUUCGCUAGAGGAACGACAUAAAGAAGAUCAGAGUUUACGCGGGAGCGUAUACUAG